UCUCCCUCUUCCUUUCUCUCCAUCUCCAUCGUCUCCUCUCCCUUCCUCUCCUCUCCUCUCUCACCUCCGAAACCCUACCCCCCUUCUCUUCGGCGCCAUUCCACUCCGCUCCUCUGCUUCGACCCCGAUCGCGUUCGAGAUCUCGAUUCCUCUUCGGCCCCUCCCAUUGCAUCCGCGGAGCGAUUCCUUAUAAAGCGCGCGGGCGCGAUCCAUGGCGCUCUCGGCGUCGGAUAUCCAAGCCGUGUACUCGCUCCUCGCGAACUCGCUGAGCGCCGAAGAGUCCCUCCGCAAGCCCGCUGAGGCCAACCUCGCACAGUGCGAGAGCCGCCCCGGAUUCUGCUCGUGCCUUCUUGAGAUAAUCGCGGCGAGGGAUUUGGCUUGCAGGGAGGAUGUCCGCCUUUUGGCUUCUGUAUAUUUCAAGAAUAGCAUCAGCCGUUACUGGAGAUAUCGGCGUGAUACACCGGGAGGCAUUAGCAACGAAGAAAAGAUUCACAUUCGAAAUAAAUUGUUGUUACACAUAAGAGAAGAGAAUACCAAGAUUGCACUUCAGUUGGCCGUUCUUAUCUCCAAGAUAGCACGUAUUGAUUACCCAAAAGAAUGGCCAGAUCUCUUUUCCUCGUUAGCACAACAGCUCCAGUCAGCUGAUGUACUUGCUUCGCAUAGAGUUUUUAUGGUUUUGUAUCGAGCUUUAAAGGAAUUGUCGACAAAACGGCUUGCUUCUGACCAAAGAAACUUCUCUGAGAUCACCGCCCACCUAUUUGAAUAUACAUGGAACCUCUGGAACAGUGAUGUGCGGACUAUUUUGCAGAAUUUUGCUGCUGUUUCUCAAUCUAGCAACAUCAAUACCUUUGUCGAAGAAUCCAAUGACCUGCUUUUGAUUUGUGAACGAUGGUUAUUUUGUUUGAAGAUAGUACGGCAACUGAUUAUUUCUGGUUAUCCUAGUGAUAAAACAUCUGCACAGGACGUUUGGCAAGUCAAGGAAGUUUGUCCUGCAUUCUUGAGUGCUGUUCAAUCUUUUCUCCCAUAUUACUCAUCCUUCCAGGAAAGACAUCUCAACCUGUGGGACUUCACAAGGAGAGCAUGUACUAAGUUGAUGAAAGUACUAUCUGCCUUACAAUCCAAACAUCCUUAUUCAUUCGGUCACCAUGCCAUCCUCCCUGCUGUGAUAGACUUUUGCUUAAAUAUGAUUGCAAAUCCUGAACAAGCGGGAACAUCUUUUGAGCAGUUUCUGAUUCAAUGCAUGAUGUUAGUGAAAACUAUUUUGGAGUGUAAAGAGUACAAGCCAAGCCUCACUGGACGUGUAAUUAAUGAAAUGGGGGAUUCUCUAACCUUAGAAGAUAGGAAGAAGAGCAUUUCUGCAGCUGUUAGUGGCAUUCUCAAGAAUAUCUUGCCAAAUGAUCGUGUUAUAUUGCUCUGUAAUACAUUGAUAAGAAGUUAGUUCCUUGAGACGGCAAAAAAUUUGGAAGAAUGGCAUCAGAAUCCUGAAUGUUUUCACCAUGAACAGGAUAUGGUUCACUGGACAGAGAGGCAAAGGCCAUGUGCUGAAGCCCUUUUCAUUGUUCUGUUUGAAAUUAAUAGACAACUUCUUGCUCCGGUGGUUGUUUCCAUUCUUCAUGAAGCAAUUGGUGGUUCCCCUCCACUAGAAACAGACAUUACUCCUGGAAUGCUUUUAAAAGAUGCAGCUUAUACUGCUGCUGGGCACGUGUAUUAUGAUCUUUCUAAUUACCUUAAUUUUAAUGAAUGGUUUCACAAGUCGUUAUCUAUUGAACUUUCAAAUGGUCAUCCGAAUAUGCGCAUUAUUCAUCGAAAAAUUGCACUGAUACUCGGACAAUGGAUUUCUCAGAUUGAAGGUGACACUAAGACGAUGGUUUACCACGCAUUAAUCAGAUUACUUCAGGAUGACGAUGUAGCUGUUAGACUGGCUGCAUGUUGGUCUUUGUGCUAUGUUGUUCAAGACACUAACUUUUCAGAACAAGAUUUUGCAGAGCUUCUACCAGCAUGCUGGACUUUGUGUUUCAAGUUGAUUGAUGAUGUUCAGGAGUUUGAAUCAAAGGUACUAGUUUUGAACUUUAUCUCGGUACUACUUGAAGCUGUUGGUGAGAAGGUUAUUCCAUUCGCAAGUCAGUUAUCAAAAUAUUUUCAGAAGAUGUGGGAGGAAUCAAGUGGUGAAAGCUUACUACAUAUCCGGCUGCUAGUGGCACUACGUAAUUUUGUUUGUUCUCUUGGAUAUCAAUCGCCCAUUUGCUAUGACAGCCUUCUACCUAUAUUGCAAAGUGGUAUUGAUGUCGAUAGCCCUGAUGCUCUCAACCUCCUUGAGGACAGUGUCUUGCUGUGGGAAGCAACCCUUUCCAAUGCUCCUUCAAUUGUGCCUCAACUGCUAGAAUUUUUCCCCUAUCUAGUGGCUAUAAUAGAUAGAAGUUUUGACCACCUACAGGUGGCGGUCAAUAUUAUUGAGGACUACAUAAUAUUUGGUGGUGCUGAAUUUUUGAAGAGGCAUGCUUCGAGUAUAGCUAAAAUUCUUGAUGCUAUUGUUGGUAAUGUUAAUGACAAAGGGCUGCUUGCGACACUUCCUAUCAUAGACCUUCUUGUUCAGUGCUACCCUUUGGAGGUGCCAUUGAUCUCUGGAGUUCUUCAGAAACUAGUCUAUCUAUGCUUGUGCGGUGAUGAUGAACGUAAUCCUUCUCGGACAACUGUGCGUGUAACUUCUGGAGCCAUCCUCGCAAGGCUUCUCGUGAUGAAUACCAACUAUCUGGCUCAACUAGCAUCUGAAGCAUCUCUCACAGUUGCCCUUCAACAAGCAGGGCUUUCUAUUAACCAGAAUGUACUUCUUUGUUUGGUUGAUGUGUGGAUUGACAAGAUAGACAAUGUUACAGCUAUACAGCGCAAGGCAUAUGCAUUGGCCCUUUCCAUCAUUUUGACGUUAAGAUUACCUGAAGUCAUUGAAAAACUCGAUGAGAUCCUAAGUGUCUGUACUAGUGUAAUUAUGGGAGGAAGUGGAGGAACCAGUGAAGAAGACUCCAGUAGUGAUAUUACAAGCUCUUCUUGGCCCAGUGAUGUUAGUGUUUCAGGAAAAGAGUUAAGGAAGAAACAAAUAAAAGAUUCAGAUCCUAUCAGACAGUUUUCAUUGGAGGACAUUUUAAGAGAAAACUUAAAAGCAUGUGCGGCCCUUCAUGGGGAGGCAUCUUUCAAUGCUGCUAUUAGCAGAAUCCACCCAUCAGCAUUUGCUCAGUUGCAGCAGGCGCUGAAGAUGGUUUAGAAUGUCAAUAGACGAAAUCUCGAUUCUUUAAUUUAAGUCACCUUACAGUUCAGAUGGAUAGGAUUCUAUUUUGUGAUGAAUCGUGCUGCUUUUUGAAUGUCUUCUGUAUUCCGGAGACUGCUGUUAUCAUCCAAGUCGCAGGCUGCUGUACUAUUUUUUGAUUGGAGGCUAUUACGUAUUUGGGUGUACCAGUGUUGAACAUGAUCUUGGGUGGUAUUUCCUUUUUUUUUUCUUUGUUAUACAUAUUUUUUGAGGUAAUUUUUUUCAACGGAAGAGUCGACGGCUCGUAUGUGAAGCAGGCAGGUUUUUGUAGGUCAUGCUUCCAUCGUUGACCUCGGUGGGCAAUGGCGUCAGAGUUCUCGAGUACCUUUUUCUUACAUCCUCAUGGGAGAACCCAAAAGUAAAAAAAAAAAAGUGAGAGAGAUGUGAGAGGGAAAUGAAGUGUUAUUUGUUGUAUGAUUUGGUUUGUUAACAGUUAAGUUCUUGUAUUAUGAUUUGGAUUGUUUCCUAUUGAAAAUUUCCUUUAUUUGGGGCAUGAAGAGUAAGCCUUGGCGUU